AUGAUCACUGUCCUCGCGAGCGUGCGAAACGUCAACGACGAGGGUCUCGCAGCGGGAAUGCUGGUGACAGCACGGUUCGUGGGAUCCUUGCUUGGCCUGGCGAUCUGCUCGACAGUGUUCAAUUCCAUGUUCGAGCGCGGAAUGUCGCCACUGACCGGGACCGGAGCCGAGUUGCCCGAGUCCAUUUCCGUGCUGCGCGAUGCAAGCCAGUCGGUAGGGUUCAUUCCGCGGAUGAGGGAAAUUCACGAUGUGGAUGCAGACGUGAUACGGGUGGUGACAGAUGCUUAUGAGGAUGCGUUCCAUAUUAUCUGGGUGGUUUUGGCGGCAAUUGCAGGAUUGGCGGCAGCACUUUCGUUGCUUACGAGGCAGAAUUCGUUGGAGAAGGAGGAUGUUGGGAGGCAGGGGUGGAAGGUGCCGGAGGGUUCGUAG